UCAAUUGAUUGUUUGCGCCGGUGGCCGGUCGUCUUGAUUUUUCUCGUUUCCCUUUAAUUUUCCUAGUGAAUUGGCUGAAAUUAACAAUACAUAACUAGUGCUCGAAAAAAUGAAAUGUGUAAAAACAGUACUUCAAGUAAUAUUAUUGAUGAACGUUUGUUUUGCGACUUUAUCACCUCCUUCAGACAAGAAAGGGCAGAAAGGAGUGAAACCACAGGACGGGCCGAGGAAGAAUAACGUUUUGGAGAGAAAACUGGUGGUGGAAGCACCCUUUGUCAAGGAUAUUCUAAAGUAUCAUGCUACAUACCACCAGGACGUGAAUACUAGGAAUUUUAAAAACUCUGUAUUGGGCUAUGUUACACCGUGGAACAGUAAAGGCUAUGAUGUGGCCAAGAUAUGGGCUCCGAAGUUCAACUACAUCUCACCAGUGUGGCUGCAGAUCAAACGGCAGACCCCCAAUAUCUACAUUAUAACUGGUCUGCACGAUGUUGACCAUGCCUGGAUGAAGACAGUCAGGCAGAAGGGCUCUGGUAGUAAUACUAAGAUUUUGCCUAGAAUGCUAUUUGAGAACUGGCAAGCGUCAGACCUUAAAGCAUUUUUUACGGAGCCAACAUCACACUCUGAACAGAAAGCUCUCAUUGACGAGGUGAAGAAAGCAUGCAAACAGUGGAAGUUUGACGGAAUUGUGUUAGAGCUGUUCUCUCAGAUCGGGAAGUAUGCCGAUCGUUCCGUCAAGUUCAUACAACAGUUUGGUAUGGAAAUGAAUGAAGAGGAUUUGAGUUUAAUUCUAGUCUACCCACCAUUUCGGGGUUAUCCUACUGAUGAGUUUUUCAUUCAAGCAUUUAAUGAUAUCUAUCCAUAUGUGGAGGCGGUAUCUGUCAUGACUUAUGAUUUCUCUAGUCCACAGAAACCUGGUCCAAAUGCUCCAUUGUACUGGAUGAGGCUUUGCGUAGAAAAACUUAUAGAUAAUGACGAGAGUCCUUCGAAACGAUCAAAGAUAUUAUUAGGACUGAACUUCUAUGGGAACUCUUACACCACUAAUGGUGGUGGACCUAUUGUUGGCACAGAGUAUAUUGAACUACUGAAGAAUGCAAAGACUAACCAGGCUGUCUCAUAUAAUAAUAACACUGCAGAGAACUAUUUGGAAGUUAGAACUUCACAAGGUUCAAAGAAGAUAUUCUAUCCGACUCUCUACUCGAUACAGAAGAGACUGGAUCUAGCGCGGGAGUUCGGAACUGGGAUAGCCAUCUGGGAGAUAGGCCAGGGUUUGGAUUACUUCUACGACUUAUUUUGAUUUGUGAUACUAUUUUAUAAGUUACAAUAAAAGAGUAUGUUGAUUAUUUGUCUACACUA